AAUUAAAGGCGUGCAUCACCAUUGCCCGGUUUCAUUCUUAACACUGCCCCUUAUAUAAGAGGAGACAAAAAAAAAAUGUUCUGAACAAAGGCUAAUUGAGUUUUACAUAGCAGAAGGCUUGAAAAGUUAAUACUGUGCCUUUUCACGGGACUCUGAGCUGCAAGGACAGCUGCUCUUUGACCUUCAGCAGACCUCAGAAACUAGAAAUACUUAUUUCAGGCUCCACCGGACUGACCACCGUUGUCAGGAAUGGAAAGCACCUGUCAGGUGUUGCUGCAGGGGCUAACUGGCGACUUGUGGCUUGAGUUGUAGCCUCUACUCCCUACCGUCUUUUUGGGCGUUCAAACCACCGCUGGUGUCGAGCGCCCCCUACACGCGACACACGGAAACGGGCGCUGUUAGUGCUCCUUUUCCUAGCCACCCUCUGGCAGGCGCCCACGCUCCCGGGGGGUAUACCUUGUAACUCUGAGCGGCGCGGGAGCUGGGACCCUGAAGUUUCUUCCCCUUCCCACCACCUGGGCCAAGUUCAGGCUCACGAGUGAGCUGCUCACGUACGGCAGCUUAAAUGGAAAGGGCCACUCAGUCCAGCCAGCGCGGAGGCCCAGGACGACCACUGACCUGUCGCAAAGGCCUAGGUUCAGUUUCUAGACCGCGCCUGGGGCCUGGUGGGGGGGCCGGCUACGGGUACCGGAAGAUUGGGGCGCGUUUCCGGAAGACUUCUCCUGCAGCCAAUCAGCGUUAAGACCUUCCUCCUUCACCGGAAGGCGCUGUCUCCCGGAGCAACCAACCAGAUUGCUGUCUUCAGUUUGGUGGCGGGAAAAGGCCAUGAGUAAAAACCGGGCCGAGGCUGCGGCCGGAGCCCCCGGGAUCAUCCUGAGGUACCUGCAGGAACAAAAUCGGCCCUACAGCGCGCAGGACGUGUUCGGAAACCUGCAGAAGGAACAUGGACUGGGCAAGGCGGCGGUGGUGAAGGCUCUGGAUCAGCUGGCCCAGCAAAGCAAGAUCAAAGAGAAGACGUACGGCAAGCAGAAAAUUUAUUUUGCCGAUCAGGACCAGUUUGACACAGUGAGUGAUGCUGACCUCCACAGCCUGGAUGCCAAAAUUGCGGCCCUCACUGCCAAGGUGCAGAGCUUACUGCAAAGCUGCCGCCACAUGGAGGCUGCUUUUCCAGAAUGUGGGGUCCUAUUCUGGAGAGGUCCCAGAGCAAGAUGGAAGCUGACCUCCCACCUCUGGGAAGCACCUGCUGAGCAAGACAGAAUCCAUUCCUCGCACGUCCCUGGUAACACUGGGGAGAGGCUGAAGAACAUCAAAGCAGCCACCAACCAUAUCACUCCAGAAGAGAAAGAGCAGGUGUACAAAGACAGACAGAAGUAUUGUAAAGAGUGGAGGAAGCGGAAGAGAAUGACCACCGAGCUGUGUGAUGCAAUCCUUGAAGGAUACCCCAAGAGCAAGAAACAGUUUUUUGUAAGUGACGCUUGCUUUUGCUCCCCUGGGAUCUUUACCCAGAGGACUCCUUCACUCCUUUCCUUACCCCACAGGAGGAAGUCGGGAUAGAGACAGAUGAAGAUCAUAAUGUCACGCUCCCAGACCCCUGAGGGGCCCUUGGUGGAGUCUGGGAGUGGAUGUCCCAGGCUGGCUGCCUUGUUUGGGGUGGCCUUAUUUUUGCUGCGCUCCACCUUCGAGUGGUAGGGAGGGAAGUACACAGCUGAUAAUCAGGAAGAGAUGCUUGUGUCCAUUUUGUUGUCGUAUUACAGAGGCCUCAGCAAGGAAGAACAAUCCUAAGGGAAAUUAUCUAGAAUAUUUAUUGUAAUAUAAUUUGAUAUAAAAAUACUUAAUUUCCUCUGGAUUAUCAAACCUCCCAGAUAUCAAACCUGGGGAAGGCAACAGGGAACACUGGGGAGAAAGGUACAGAAAGGGUUCUCAAAUGUUGGAUGUAUGAAAACCUAAGGCAUUAGCCAGGCCUACCCCCCGACGACCCGAGUGUCUUCUGUAGCUAUCCCCCAAGUCCUAGGAGGAAUGGAGGCAACACACUGGUGCUGGUGGCUACGCAGACACAGUACACAGAGAUGGCUGGGGUGCUCUGGAGGGCCACUGGAAAUUUGGGGAAACUAUAACAAACGCACACUGUUGGUAUUUAGAAAAUAAAUUCAAAUGUUAUGCUGUGA